AUGGCGUUUAAAAAUUCUCUGACGAAUUCUCAAGAUCGAUGGAAAGUUUCUGAUACUUUUAAUACUUUAUAUCGUGAGAAAGACAUUUACGACGAAAUAUCUCUGUCUCUGGUAGACUCAGCAGAUAUGGAAAGUAAUAAACGUGGAAUUUCGGAAAAAGUAGGUUAUCCUACAAAAUAUAAUAUUAAUAAUUCAACCACAAUGUCUUGCCAACCAAAGGGCGGUUCAUUUGCUACCAUGGCUUUAUUGGCCACUCAAAUACAGGCUUUAGAAUCAGAGCUUAUAACGGUUGGGAAGAGGAAAAACUCGAAACGAAAAAAAAAUAAUUUUGAUAUUAAUACUACUUUAUCAUCUAAAUAUGAUGAAAAAAUUCAUUCGCCGAUAAGUCUUGAAAAUGACCUUCUACAAUAUAAAAAACAUGAAAGAGAUGAUAGUUAUUCGGAUUCAAGUUUACAAUUUCUUUCAUCGAAUAAUUCGGUUAGUGCAACCAGCACUCGUCUUACAACUCCAGUCGACUCGAAUUUUGAUUUUACGAAAUCUGAACUUUCCCCACCAAAUACGGAUGUUAAAAAUUCAUUCAACGUUUAUCAGAAAAAUGUAGAGGAAAUUCAAUUUCUCACGAACAAACUUGAAGAACAACAAAAGCAACACAAGGGAGAGCUUGAAAAAUUACGAAAAGAACAUAGUACUCAACUUAAUAAAACAAUGCUAGAUUAUGAAAAGUCAAUAAAUGAUCAAAAGAAAGCAUUUGAAAAAGUUAUUCAAGAACUUAAAGAUAAUAUGGAAAAAGAAAACAAUUCGAAAAUGGAUAAAUUAAGAAAAGAAUUGAUUAAUCAAAGUAAAGGUAAUGAGGAAAAGAUGAUGAAUGAAAUAUCUAUUCGUUAUGAAUCUCGAACAGAAGAAUUAAUGAGGCUUCAUGAUAUAGAAAAGAAUAAAAUAAUAACGGAAUUAAAGUCGAUGAAAAAGUUAAAAGAAAAGGCGGAGGUUGAGUUAAUGGAAAAUAAAAAGACGUUCCAAAAUGAUAAACGGUCCAUUAGGCACGAAUAUGAGAGAGAGAUCGAAAUACUUCGUGUAGAACAUGUAAAUCAGUUAGAUUCAAUGAUGCGAGGAGAAACUAAAAAAGCUUUUAUGCAAAUAAAGGAUCAAUUAGUGCGGAUGAAAAGGGAAGGUGAGAAGGGACUACGGAAUAGGAUAGAAGAACUAAUGCAUGAAUUGAGUGAAAAAGAAGCUGCCGAGGGUUCUUGGAUUAAAGACAAACGAGAAAAAGAAUCCAUCUUAUUAAAUUUAAAAAUUCAUCUGAAUGCUUUGGAAACGACAAUUCAACAAAAAGAAGACAAAAUAGUUGAAUUACAGGAUGAGCACGCUCGUUCACGCAAGGAAAUAAGUGUUCUCAAUCGGAAUAAGGAGAGUACCAGUAAGAUGAUCGAAACGUUCCAACAAAAAACUGAAGAGAUAAUUAAAGAUUUGAAACGACAAUUGGAUGCUAAGACAAAGUCGGAAGGAGAAGUUGAACCAAUUGUCAAGACACUUCGUGAACAAUUAAAUAAUGCCGAUGAGGAACUUUCGAGCUUACGAGUUCAAUUAUCAAAUUUAGAACUGAAAUUUAAUGAGGAAAGUGAACGUUGUGAAGACUUGGAAAAACUGAUCGAAGACAAAUCAGAUAUGAUAAACAAACUUCAACUUAAAUUGGAACGUAGGAAAACUGAAACUGAAGAACUAGAAUCAAGUAAGAAGAUGGAUUUACAAAAUUUCAAAGAACGACAAGAGCAAUCCAUAACGUUACUUCGUACGAAAAUGGAAAUUGACCAUAAAAAAGAAUUACAAGAACUUCGUGAUCGACUUGUAAAAGAAUAUGAAAUUAAAAUAAAAGAAUUAGCCGACCAGAAUUCGAGAAUAGAACGAAAUAGCGUACAAAAUUCUGAAACUGUGGAGGAAUUGAAAGAAACUACUCGUCGUCUCGCAGGUGUAGAGUCUGCUUUUAAAGAAUUAAAUGCUAAACACCAACAACUCUUACAUAAAAAUCAGCAAUUGUCAAAUGACAUUUCCGUUUUUCGUUCUAAAGUUGAGCUACUUGAGACUGAUAAUUUUGAAUUAAAAGAAAACAAUAGAUUAGUCAUAUCAGAAAAGAAAGAGGUUGCUGAAAAACUGACUAAUGAUUUAGAAACCGUUGAAAAACAAAAAGAAUCCCUAUCAAAAUUAUUGGAAGAACAUCAAAAUGGUAUGCGAACUUUAAUGAAAGAAAUGGCAGCUGAACGAGAAGUUUGGUCUCAGAAAGAAUCCGAUCUUUCUUCUAAUUAUGAAAUUGAACUGAGAGAUAGAGAUUCAGAAUUAGAAGAACUUCGUAGUGAAUUGGAUCAUAUGAAGAAACAUUCUGAAGGGUUAGAACAACUUUUACAAGUAUCUCAAGAUUAUGAAACAAAACAACUAGAACUAUCGCAAAAAUAUGAAGAGGCGCUACGAGAAUGUGCAAAUAAAGAAAAUGAAAUAUUAAACCUUGAAAUGUUUAAAAAACAAUCGCAAGCUCGUAUUGAAAGUUAUGAGUCUUCGACAAGUCGCUUGACAGCAAAGCUACGGACUAUUGAAGCUGAUGCUGAUCGAGUAAAACAAAAUGCGGAUACAAAAAUAAAUGACCUUCAAAGUCGACUCAGAGUUUCAAUGACAGAAAUCGAAGACCUACAUAAUCAAGUCUCGGAUCUCAAACAAAAACUCAUUGAGGGGGAGGCUAUGAUACAGAAUAAUUCUCGUUCUCAAAAUCGAGAUGGUCCUAACGAUACUUUUAAAUUAAAUUCACUUACAAAACAAGUUGAAAAAUACAAAGCUACUCAACAGAAUCUCGAAGUUCAAAUAGUAGCUCUAACCCAAAAACUCCAAGUAGUUCACCAAGACUAUAAAGAAGAAAAAGCCCAGAUUUUCAAUGAUCACCAACGAUCACUGCAAGCGAUGAAGCAGCGGCAAGAUGAUGAAAUUGCAAAGUUAACUGAAACGAUGCAGUCACGAUUAGCAGCACUUGAAAAACUCCAACGUAACAUAAGAAAUGCUACAGAUCGUUUUAGUAAUGGUAACGCACAACGUUUGUCAGGAUUAGAGAAUUCUUUGAGAGAGUCACGUUCCGAAUGUGAGAAAUUGAAAGAUAAACUUAUACAUAUUCAACAAAAAUUUGAAGAAUCUAUAAAUGAAAAAGAUAAGGUGACAAAAGAAAUAAAUGAUAUGAGAAAGAGAGUAAAGUGUUUGGAAGUAGAAUUGCAAGAGGUUAUUGCGAAAAAUGUGACUUUAGUAAUAGAAAUGAGUGGCAUGAAAUAA